AUGAGGCGCGUCAAGGUGGUUUUGGGGCACCUGCAGGGCGGGGGGUCUCCGCCGAGGCCCCAGGCCGCCCCCUGCCUCGCCCUCUCCGGCCGCGCCCGCUCGGCCGCCCCGGACGAUGUGGUGGUGGUCCACGGGCGGCGGACCGCCAUCGGGAGGGCCAAGCGGGGGGGCUUCAAGGAAACUACACCUGACGAGCUUCUGGCUGCGGUCAUGACAGCCGUCCUGAAAGAUCUCCAGCUGAAACCUGAGGAGCUGGGGGACAUCUGCGUGGGAAAUGUACUUCAACCCGGCGCUGGCGCAUUGACAGCAAGAAUUGGACAGUUUCUAAGUGGCAUUCCAGAGACGGUUCCAUUAUCCUGUGUCAACAGGCAGUGUUCGUCUGGAUUGCAAGCAGUGAUCAAUAUAGCGGGAGGCAUCCGGAAUGGGUCUUAUGACAUUGGCUUGGCUUGUGGAGUAGAAAGCAUGUCUCUGCGCGGUGUUGGCGAUCCUGGAGACGUCAGCCCCCAUAUGAUGGAGAAUAGCAAUGCCAGAGACUGCCUGAUCCCAAUGGGAAUAACUUCGGAGAACGUGGCAGAAAGAUUUGGCGUCUCCCGGGAAAAGCAAGAUGCCUUGGCAUUGGCUUCCCAGCAAAAAGCAGCCCGAGCCCAGCAGAUGGGGUGGUUUAAAAAUGAGAUCGUUCCUGUGACGACCACAAUCACCAACGACCAAGGCAAGGAGGAAACGAUCACGGUGCUCCAGGAUGAAGGGGUCCGGCCAGGCACUACGCGGGAAGGGCUGGCCAAGCUGAAGCCAGCUUUCAAGGAGGGGGGCACCACCACUGCGGGUAAUUCCAGCCAGGUCAGCGAUGGCGCUGCUGCUGUUCUUCUGGCCAGACGCUCCAGGGCAUCGCAGCUGGGCCUUCCUGUCCUGGGGGUGCUGAGGUCCUUCGCUGUGGUCGGAGUCCCACCCAAUGUCAUGGGCAUAGGGCCGGCCUAUGCCAUUCCGGCAGCUCUGGAAAAGGCUGGUUUGACUGUGAAGGAUAUUGAUACCUUUGAAAUCAACGAAGCUUUUGCUAGCCAGGCCGUGUACUGUGUGGAGAAGCUGGGCAUCCCCAUGGAGAAGGUCAAUCCUCUUGGUGGCGCCAUCGCCUUGGGGCACCCCCUGGGUUGCACCGGAGCUCGGCAGGUGGUCACUCUGCUCCACGAGCUGAAGCGGAGGGGGAAGAGAGGCUACGGAGUGGUCUCCAUGUGCAUCGGGACAGGCAUGGGCGCAGCAGCCGUGUUUGAGUACCCAGGCAACUGACCCCCCCC